AUGACCAAACCAAACCGCAGGGAGGAGGGCGGCGCUCCGAUCCGACCCGCGGUGUGGCGGCCCGGCGUCGACGGCAUGGACGCCGACGAGGAGCUCGAGUACGACCCGAGUGUCUACGACUGCCUGCACGCGUGGCAGCUGGACUGGCCGUGCCUCUCCUUCGACAUCUUGCGCGACGAGCUGGGCGACACGCGAGAGCGGUUUCCCCACUCGCUCUUCGCAAUCGCCGGCACCCAGGCUGACGUCGCGACUAAGAACCACCUCACGAUGAUGCGUCUGACCCGGCUCAAGAAGACCAGACGCGUGGACAAGGCCGCUGCCGACAUGGACGACGACAGCGACGCGAGCGAGUCGGAUUCCGACGACGAAGACGGCGGGAUCGCCCCGAUCAACGGGCCGAUCAUCCAGGUGCAAAAGGUGGCGCACCACGGCGCGGUGAACCGCGUUCGCGCGUGCCCGCACAGGCCCUCUUUGGUCGCCACGUGGGGAGAAACCGGCGUGGUGCAGGUUUGGGACCUCGCCCCCCAGCUCACCAAGCUCUCGAUGCUCACCGCCGACGCCAGGGACGCGCAAGCCGCGAUGAACGUGCAGCCCCAGCGAUCGGCGCCCCGCCACGCCUUCACCGGACAUGCCGACGAGGGGUACGCGAUGGACUGGUCCCCGACCGUGGACGCGAGGCUCGCGACGGGGGACAACGCGGGCGGGAUCCACGUGUGGGAACCCAGAGAGGGUGGACGGUGGGCGGUGGACAAAACCGCCGUCUUCAAAGGCCACGAGAGCUCCGUGGAGGAUCUGCAGUGGUCCCCGGCGGAGGCGCAGGUUUUCGCGUCGUGCGGCGCCGACGGCUACGUAUGCGUAUGGGACGCUCGAAACGCGAACGCCGCGCCCGCGCUGAGGGUCAAGACGCACGAGUGUGACGUCAACGUCAUGAGCUGGAACCGCGUGGCGAACUGCAUGCUCGCGACGGGCGCCGACGACGGGUCGCUUCGCAUAUGGGACCUUCGAAUGUUCUCGCCGAGCGACGCCAAGCACGUGGCAAACUUUUCGUUUCACCGAGGGCCCGUGACGUCCGUCGAGUGGUCGCGGUUCGAUAGCGCGAUGCUCGCCACGGCCUCGGCCGAUCACACCGUGUGCGUCUGGGAUCUCGCGGUGGAGAGGGACGCGGAGGAGGAGGCGGCGGCGAUGGCGGCCGAGGACAACGCGAUGGCGCCGGAGGAUCUGCCCCCGCAGCUGAUGUUCGUGCACCAAGGUUUGAAGGACCCGAAGGAGCUGCACUGGCACCACCAGAUCCCGGGGCUGUGCCUGACCACGGCGGCGGACGGGUUCAACGCGUUCAAGGCGUACAACGUCGGCCCGGGGUGUUAG